UCCCGUGUCCGAACGAGCAAGAAAUUGAAAUUGGAGCGUGCUCUCGUGAGCGGUGGUGGUGGCAGGCCAAUGACUGACGCCAAUUGCGGGGCCCUGGCUCUGGCUCUGCGAAGCUGCCCGUCCGAGCUGCACAUUGGGUCGAUGCGGAGCCCGAGAGCGACGAGAUUGCGUGAAGUGAUCGAUGCGUUCGGAGGCUUGUGCAGAAUUCUAGAUCAGGUCGGGGGCUGGGGUGCUUCGGAAGGUCGACCUUCUCGUGCUUCUGGAGCUGCGGAGUUUCUUACUUUCCUGGACUGUGAGCGUUUGAGGCUUGAAGGUGUUUCCGCAUAGUCUUCACCAAAUUGCUCCCCCGAUGAUAGAUGAGGAAAUUGACUGGGGAAUUCGUCGUGGUUCUCGGGACCUGAUUUGUGUGUGGAGGCUUGGUUUUUGGUUCAUUUUUGUGAAAGGGUAGUCUUCCUGCACGCUGAGGAGAGCUGACGAUGGCCGUUCCAGAGGAAGAAACCGGGUUUCUACUGAAGUGCACAGACGAGGCUGUCAACAUUGUACAAUCUCUCGUGACGCUUCUGAGUGUGUCCUAUGAAUCGGGAAUCGGUUCGAAUGGAGUUGCGUCCAACAGGAUGACAGGAGGAUUGAACGCUGAAGCUCUUGAAGAUCUGUACAGACUAGCGAAUGAGCUUCUGGCGACAUUGUGGCCGUGCGAGAAGAGAUAUGUCGCUGUGAUCGGUCCCACCGGAUGUGGGAAGUCCACACUGCUGAACCUUCUUGCUCUAAUGACCUGUAAAGCAGGAGAAGAAUACCAACAGGGGCUCAAACUGGAUGAGAGCAGAGCCGUUCUAAGAGAUACUGUCCUGGAGCAUGGAGGAGGACUAGAAGGUGUUAAUCAUGACGAUGAGGUUCAGUUGGACGUGAACGAGGAUAGUCAGGAGGAUCCAAGCUCGACAUCAGUGGGUUCGCAAUCAGAGAACACUGUUCACCUGCAUAACGUUGAUCUUGAGGCCGAGAAGGAAGCUAUGUGUGGUCUGUUGGGAAUAUGUUGUGCUCGAGACAAAGCUGCAUAUUUCUCGAAACAUUUAGCGUUUUAUGACAGGUACCCAUUUCUUCUUCAGAACGGGAGGAUGGGAGAUGCGGGCACUACUAAAGUCAUGGCGGUGCAGUGGGGACCGAAGUUCGUAGCCCGGAUUCAGUGGGUUCCGAAAAGAAAGCUGAGAAAGCGCUGGCGAGAGCUUCGAUUGUUCCUUGAUAAACAACAACCCUCAGAACCUGUUGAUAGGAAUACUCCUCAAGACUCUUCGGUUGCGAAGCUAAAAGAGCACAAGGAACUGUGGCAAUCCAUGCUGAGAAUAGUAGAACAUCCCUUGGAUUCAGAUCAACUGCCCACGCCAACCGAGGAGCUUAUAGAAGGUGUACUUAAGAAGCUUGCAAAACGAGUUUCACUCGGAAACAAAGAAGUCAUUGAAGCGAACCCAUCACAGGGAUGUGUUGUGGAUAGGCUCUAUGUCAGAGAUGCCAUACGCAGAAGAUUAUCUGAAGAAAAUCUGGGCUUGCUUUUGGAGGACUUGGUCAUUGAGGCUCCGAUUCCGUCCUCUGAAGGUGGGAUCAGCCUCUUGGAUGUUCCUGGGACCAAUGAUCCACGCCUCUUGCAUCAAAGUGAGACAAGGGAUGCCAUUGACCGGACGACUUUGAUACUUUUGAUUCUAGACAAAAAUGUUCUGGAUGCUGGCACAGAGAAGGUCCUCGAAGAAAGCCCUGUUUUGGAGCGACUGCUCCUUGAUACUUCUGAGCGUUGCAAUCUUGUGGUGGUAGGGAUUGCAGAGAAGCGAUGCACGGGUAGUAACUCAGCAUCCGAGAUCGUGGCAGGUUUUGAUUGUAAGCAAGAUUUGAAAAGAGCUCUUAAGAAGGUAUUCUUGAAAAAAACAAGAAACCUUCUGAAAUCCCGGCGCUUGACCUCUACAGAGGCCACUGCCAGACUCCGCAGCAUAUUUGAAGAUAACCGCUUUCACGUCCUCCCGGUGCUGCCACUCCUAUGUGCCUCCCUACAUUUGAGUGCUCAUAACCCCGUACUACAUAAUCAAUAUUGUGAAACUCCUAGAGAGGCGACAUGUCCUCUGAUAAUGAGUGAGGAACAAAGAAUGAAGAUGUGCAUGCUGACAAACAUUCCGCAACUUCUGGAGAUGAUUCAAUCAGUCAGAGUCCCAUCAAGCCGUGUCAAGCUGAAGUCUAAUCUGGAAUCUACACUUUCAACGCUGAAGAUGUAUUUACACGAGUCAACGUACGAUGAAUCCAUGCUGAAGUUCUUCGACAGAGAGAUAAAGCAUGGUCUCCGCAUGGCAAAGGAUACUAUUGCGAUUGAGACCUUCCUUCCAGAAAAUUCCAUUGACGUUGACUGCAUACGGGAUACGCUUUCUUCCUACUCACAGCAGUGUAUCCUAUCUCCGGAGGAUCUAAAGUACUUGCGACUGAAGGUUGAAGGUCCCGAUUCUCUCAAAGUCACGAACACCGCCGUCAACCAGGAUCUACCACCAGUCCUGAUGCGUGGUUUCAGACCAGAAGCUAUUGGUGGUAUUGCAAGAGAAAUGCUGCAGCCAACUGAGGAGAAAGCCUCAAGUUUUGUUCAUGCCGUCUACCAGCAUCUGAUUGUCAAGAUGAAUGGGAACGAGGCAUGGAGAGAUAAUCAUCUUGACCAGGUUAGUGUGGAAUGUUUGGGAGAAUGUGUAGUUCUACUUCGAGACGUUCAAACUCAAUGGCAGCAUACAUUGGAACGAACUCUUGCCAGAUAUACUUGCGGUGGAUCGACUGGUGGCUUGCAGAAACACAUCCGUACAGCUUUAAGAAAAGCUUAUGAUACAACUUUCAAAACAGCAAUGUUAGAAAUGCGGAAACGUAGGAGUAAAAAAGCCUCUACUGACGAGCUCCUGACUUUCUUGCAAAACUUCGGGUUUGGAGAGGAAGUGAAGAAUGUUGCUAUUUCUGAGAUAGAAAAGCAUGUGCAUAUCUUUUGGGAUGCACUAAUUGAGGCCAUUACGAAGACUGUCUCCAAGCUGUGGUCAGAUUGGAUUAGCCAGCUUCGUCAGCUGAGGAAAAGCAUCAAGCAAGCUUUAGACGUGGAUGUCCAAAAUGACAGCAACACAGUUUCUAGCGACCUUGCUGAUCACAGCUUGAGAACCUCUCUACGGAGUAAAAUUUCACAGCUGGAACAGUUGGUGCGGCGACUAGAAGGUGAGACACCGUUGCCAGGAUAUUCAGAAGUCAAUUAUGGGUACGGUCUACUUCAAAAUCAUCCCUCGUAUGAGAAGGACCUGCUGAACGUUGCCUCUGAACAAAAAUCGAAGAUUCUGAACGAUAGCAAACCGAGGACCCCCGUUGGAGAAUCCUGUCAUAAGAGCGAACCGAAUAUUGUAAUCGGGAAUUCAUGUCAGAAUAGCAAACCAAGGAUCAUCAUCGAGGAUUCAAAUCAGGAUGAGCCACCAGGUAACGUCGUCGCACUCUUGCCCCUGUCGUUUCUUGCAAUGUUCUCUCUUUUUCCUCAUAUGCAACGUAGAUGUAAAAAUAUCUAAUUUUUAGUAAGACUUUCCAAGAUAUAAAUGCGUUGAUUGUAAUGAAGUCAUGAUAAUACUAUGAGCCAUAAAUGCUUGAAAACUGAUGUAUAUAAAGAGGAUAACGUAAUGAGAUUGACCUGAGCCUUAUUCAUCAGCUUUGAAGUGUCUCUGUCAUUUGUGGCUCAUAUUAUUUUGUAACAUCUGAGAUCCAACUUGGUAGCGUAUAACUACUGAGCCCCAAACCCUGACUCCCAAAUCAUAUCCAAUGAAGGUGAGAAGCACACGUUUGAAAUUGUACAUGUAGGAUUUUGUGCCACUCUUUUUCCAUCAAUAAUUCCUAGAUGUAAAUGGGAUGGCCACCUUUAUAACAUUAACAGAGGUCAUCGUCACUUGGUAUGUAGUAAAUCAGUCUGUAGAUCUCAGCCCUUAGACGUCCAACUAUCAUGUUUAGACACAUUUGAUGUCAAUUGCACUUUAGAUGGAUAUAUUUAGUAGUUUCGACUGCAAAACCUUCCAUGGUAGGAGAGCACUCUCUGUAUCAUACCUUGAAUUGAACUCAAUACGAAACACAAGAGUUCAUAAAUCUGAAAUGCGGAAAUGCCAUCCCGGACAAAUUAUGAGAAGAAGAGGCAGUAGGUCCCAGACGAGCCUGAGAUAUUUGGACGGAGAAAUAAUCUUUUAAAACUUAGAAUGAAACUGUGAAUUCAUGUAUGUGCCGGUUCAAUCUUUGGCCAGAAAUGACACUAUUUCUUUUUUUCGCUGGCGUGACU